GCGUGCAACAAAGUUACACAACAGGAAAUAAAGUAACAGUUUUGAAGAGUGGAGGUAGCGGACAUUGUCGCACCGCACGUGUGGAAGUUGGCCAAGCGGUUGAAUAGGGCCAGCAGGGCAAUAUGGAACCGGUAAAAAAAGAUGAGAAGACGAAUCCAUCGGCAACAGCUAAUCUUUUCUCCCAGGUAUUCUUCUGGUAAGUCAACAACCUUCGCCGCCGGGUUAUUGAAAUAAAGCUGAGCUAGUUAGGCUCUACAGGUAGUCGUUAAAUUUAAACUAAGUUGACCUAGAGUUAGCCACUGUAUUUUCGUUGUUGCUGUGUCCAACCUUUCAAAGCAUACACUUAACGUUAAAUGUUAACGCCACUAUCAAAACGAAAGUGAUUGCUGAAAGUGGUAUUGUUAGGCUAUUCAAAACAUAUUAGGGAAAAUUUAGUUUUCGAGGGGUUAAACGAAGAUUUGCUGUUAAUUAAAUUAGUUAUAACGUGAUAUGAACACUAUUAUAACCUAAAAAGCACUAGUCUGGUUUAUAACACAUAAAGUGCGUUUUCCCCAUGUAAUUCAAUGGUUUCCCCACCAUGAAAUUACAAUUUCCUGUUGAAGCAUCCAGUCUUGGAUCAAGCAUAGCGCCAAAUAAGAUUCCAGUACCGAGUUUGGGAAACCCUGGUCUACUGCAUACAUUGCCCUGCUCAUCCUGAAUGUAACACUACAUGUAUUAUACAUGUAUUAAACUCUUCUCUUCUUCUCUACCGCUGUUCUCUUCCCCUUUCUCCAUAUAUUCUCUCUCCUUUUUCAUCAGCUGGCUAAAUCCUUUGUUCCGCAUUGGAUACAAACGGAGGCUAGAGGAAGAUGAUAUGUACAAAGUGCUUCCGGAGGAUGGAUCUGAGAGACUGGGAGAGGAACUACAGAGGUAUGGCAAACGUAUCAUUCUGAACUAAGUCAGAAGUGGCCUGUUGAAUUGUGGUUAAUCAAGCCCAAACAUCACCUUAAAUAGAACGUAAUAGCGGAAUGGCCUUCGAACCAGUUGCUUAUCGCCCACCUGAGGAUGUUUAUGCUCCCACUACUAUACACCAAGCAUAUCAUGAAAGCCAUAUAAUGUUGGCUGUUUACCCUUUGAUAAAUAGAUGGAAAGGAGUUGCUGCAUUUAACAUGUCAUUUUUAAAAAUUAUUUUUUGGUGAUCCAAUUGACAUUUUAGUCAUUUAGCAGACGCUCUUAUCCAGAGCGACUUACAAUUAGUGAGUGCAUACAUUUUUCAUACUGGCCCCCCGUAGUCAUUGUUAAUAUUUUACAGGCUGCUUGGCCUGCCUGCUUUCAAGGACGAUUAUGAAAUAGCUCAAUAAAAGGAAGCAUGCAUACCCUCCUGUAAAUGAUGAGGGAGAAAAUAAAUACAUGUUUCAGCAUUUCACCAAGACAUUGUCUAAAUCCAACCUGGCCUCAGUGCAAUUCGUAGGAUUUAGAAUGUACAUUUGUAUCCCUCCAUUUAGUAUGGGACGUUACGUUACAAAUGGAAUAACGGUCGUACCACAUCAUACAAAUUGGAUGACUGAAUGUAUCAAGGAUAUUGGAGGACGUAUAGUAUUAUACGUCUCGCUCUGAGGCCAGGCUUCUUGUUGUGUCUUUAGCAUUUGUGGCUAACGUUGGCGGCUAAAGCAGCAGGUUAGGAGUAUUUACUUAGCUGGUAUAGAGAAUUUAAGUUGAGGUUAGGGGAAUCGGUUAGCUAAAAUGCGACUAAAACAUGCAACCUUUGAGUUGCUGGAUGGUCGCAUUAUAUGCCCACCCACCCAUCCUCCCUGACCAACCACCCAACUUUUGUUUCUGUCUUAAGUAACCGGACCAUUAUUCCAUUCGCAAUGUAACAUAUCAUACUAAAUGGAGGUACACAAAUUUAAACAACAUAUCCUAUGUCUGUUAAAUGUGGUCAGGCUGACCAAUCCGUUGUCUUUAUCGAAACAGGGGUGUCAAACAUUGGAGGGGGUCCAAUCCGGCCCGCAGGUGGUUUGAGUAAUAAAAACAAUAACAACUUUUUUUUUUGCAGGGAACGACCUUGAUAUACUUUAAAAUUACAAAUUAAUGUGGUUACUUCAGAACUAUUUAAAGGUGUGUGAUCUGGUGACACAUUGGUGUGUAAUUAGGACGUAAUUCAAGACUGAUCUGAUAUUGUUUACAUUAUGAACCUUCAGUAAGUGAGUUAUCUUUGAGUUACACAUUCAUACUCUCAAAUUCACAAACGGAGCAAUGAGGUCAAAAUGACCAUGUUUUGAAGAUGUAUAGUGUUUGUUUACAAUAACAUUGUUUAGACACAGUGGAGUAAAACAAGCUUAUAUUUUGGGCUGUGAUGGAGUAAGACAGUUGAACUAAGCUCACAAAUCAAUGGCUAUAUAUAAUUAAUUUAAAUAUCACGAAAUAGAUGUACCAAUCCCAGAUUUCCCCUUUAAGUGCAAUGGUAUCACCACAUGAUGCAAUGCAGAAUUGAACAUCCAGGUACCUACAGUGAGGGAAAAAAGUAUUUGAUCCCCUGCUGAUUUUGUACGUUUGCCCACUGACAAAGACAUGAUCAGUCUAUAAUUGUAAUGGUAGGUUUAUUUGAACUGUGAGAGACAGAAUAACAACAAAAAAAUCCAGAAAAACACAUGUAAAAUGUUAUAAAUUGAUUUGCAUUUUAAUGAGGGAAAUAAGUAUUUGACCCCUCUGCAAAACAUGACUUAGUACUUGGUGGCAAAACCCUUGUUGGCAAUCACAGAGGUCAGACGUUUCUUGUAGUUGGCCACCAGGUUUGCACACAUCUCAGGAGGGAUUUUGUUCCACUCCUCUUUGCAGAUCUUCUCCAAGUCAUUAAGGUUUCGAGCCUGACAUUUGGCAACUCGAACCUUCAGCUCCCUCCACAGAUUUUCUAUGGGAUUAAGGUCUGGAGACUGGCUAGGCCACUCCAGGACCUUAAUGUGCCUCUUCUUGAGCCACUCCUUUGUUGCCUUGUCCGUGUGUUUUGGGUCAUUGUCAUGCUGGAAUACCCAUCCAUGACCCAUUUUCAAUGCCCUGGCUGAGGGAAGGAGGUUCUCAUCCAAGAGAGUGUGCUCCUAAUCUCAGCUCGUUACCUAUAUAAAAGACACCUGGGAGCCAGAAAUCUUUCUGAUUGAGAGGGGGUCAAAUACUUAUUUCCCUCAUUAAAAUGCAAAUCAAUUUAUAACAUUUUUGACAUGCGUUUUUCUGGAUUUUUUUGUUGUUAUUCUGUCUCUCACUGUUCAAAUAAACCUACCAUUAAAAUUAUAGACUGAUCAUUUCUUUGUCAGUGGGCAAAUGUACAAAAUCGGCAGGGGAUCAAAUACUUUUUUCCCUCACUGUAUAGAGAUUCCUUGCGUCCUCGGUCCUCGCCUCCUUCUCAAAAAUUCAUUGGAGAGCAGGUGAGAAAUCAAGGCAUUGCAAUUGAGAUUCUCCCAUAGUAACAGGAAGGCCAUCUUUCCACAGGCACUGGGACCAUGAGGUGCAGAAGGCUGCCAAAGAGCUCAGGCCUCCCAAACUCACCAAAGUCCUCAUCAAGUGCUACUGGAAACCCUACGCAGUGCUGGGGAUCUUUACUCUUAUUGAGGUAUGUAGAAAAAAGACACGACUUGUGUAAGACUUACUGGUACCCUGCUAGGGAAUUCCAAUGAUAGCUUAGACAUAUGUUUAUAUAUCAAGCUAUGGAUUCACCUCAUAUCCUCUAUAUGUUGUAUUCUCUAUCUCUUGUUCCCCCAAUAGGAGGUGAUUAAAGUGAUCCAGCCAGUGUUCUUGGGAAAGAUGAUCCAGUACUUUGAGAAGUAUGAUCCUGAUAAUAUGGACGCCCUGUAUGAGGCCUUUGGCUAUGCUGCUGGUGUCUGUCUGUCCAGCCUGAUCCUGGCCAUCACGCAUCACCUCUACUUCUUCCACGUCCAGAGGGCCGGCAUGAAGAUGCGAGUGGCCAUGUGUCACAUGAUCUACAGGAAGGUCAGCAUAAGAGACACAUGCCUGCACGCCUUUUUCACGUUUUUUUCAAGGUCAUAUCUGAUGUCCUGAACUUGAACGUGUCAAACUCAUUCCACAGAGGGCAGAGUGUCUGCGGGUUUUUCGCUCCACCCUUGUACUUGAUUGAUUAAUUAAGGUCACUAAUUAGUAAGGAACUCUCCUCACCUGGUUGUCUAGGUCUUAAUUGAAAGGAAAAACUAAAAACCUGCAGACGCUCGGCCCCCCGUGGAAUGAGUUUGACAGCCUAACUCUAGGGCAGUACAUCCCAACCCUCUCCUCAGGGACCACCAUACAUUUCACAUUUUUGUUGUAGCCCUAAACUUGCACACCUGAUUAAAUUAUUCAAGGGCUUGAUGAUUGGUAGAGUAACUAAAUCAGGUGUGCCAGUUUAGGGCUACAACAAAAAUGUGAAACGUCUAGUGGUCCCUGAGGAGAGGGUUGGGAAACCCUGCUCUAGGGUAUGGCUUCCUUUCCAAACUGACACGUGGGUAUUUUCUUUGUAUCGUGACAGUGACAAAUUACUUAGUGAUGCAUGUAAUUGAUUGAGUUUGCAAUAAUUAACUUGGUAAUGUAUGUGUCCCCCCAGGCCCUGUGUCUCAGCAGUGCAGCGAUGGGAAAAACAACCACAGGCCAAAUAGUGAACCUGCUAUCCAACGAUGUCAACAAGUUUGAUGAGGUAUGAACCCUGUCAUUUUAACUUUUUUAUUAUCACUUUGCAUCUUGCCGACUUAGUCUAUUAGCAAAAGCAGAAAAAAUCUGUUGAAAAUUAAGCCAUACUUAUGAACUUCUGAUCCACUGUGCAGACAGACAGACACAAUCCAUUAUCAGCUCUGUUACUUCAACCCUGGAAGGUUGCAUAAGUGGCAAAAGGCUGACUGAGUUGUUACUUUGACUGGCACCAUGCAGGUUAACACUCAAGUUUAAUUUUAAUCAGUGUGCCGAAACCCGGGGUGAAAACGUAACAUAUUUUGGCAUCUAAAAGUAUCUGUUUCUUGGUAACAGACUGUGAAGUACAGUACUGUGCAUUCUGAUAAAGGUCUGGGCACUGGGCAGACAAAUUAACAUUUGAGUUGCCUACUGCACCCCACUGUUUUGUUGCAUAUUGUGGUCAGUGAUUCAAAGUCAAGGAAAGAUGCUGGUACAGAGCCGGUAGCCUCUGUUGGAGAAUAAAGACACGAUAAAGAGCACAGUGACCCCAUAUACUAGCACUCACUAUACACACUCCACCUAUUUGGAGGAGUAGUACUUUGCGUUAUUACUGUUUAGAACAUGGCUGAAUGGAACGUACACAUUCCGAUUCAGUGACUGUAGCAUCAAACUACAGUGUAGAUAAAGCAGCCAUGUUAUAGAUGUAACACAGGGGUCUAGAACUCGUGGCUUGUGGGCCACAUCAGGCCCAUAAGCUACUGUGGUGGCCUGCGGGUGGGAGUUUGAGACCAUUGAUGUACCAUAAUCUGUCACCCUAUGAGUUCAACACAUGAUUCCCCCCGCUUGGUUACAGGUGACUAUUUUCCUGCACUUCCUGUGGGUGGGGCCUCUCCAGGCGGCGGCCGUCCUUGGGCUGCUGUGGGUGGAGAUUGGCCCAUCAUGCCUCGCAGGCAUGGCCGUCCUCGUCGUCCUCAUGCCAACGCAGACCAUGUUCGGAAGGCUCUUCUCCAAGUUCAGGUAACACGCAAUAAUGUAGAUAGGAGUCUGCGCUGUAGAUUUUUCAAAACAAGCAGGGAGGUCAAGGAGUUUAUUAUUGUCUACUGAGUACCUUUUCCUCCACCUCCUGCUCUGCUGCAUAGCUUGCCCAAUACGAAACCCAAUGAACAUACCAAUGGCUUUGUAAACUGAUCUUUGGCCUGCUUUUAUGAGAACAUAACCCUAACCCUAACAUGGACUAUUUAGGACAUCAUUGGCUAUCUUGUCAAUAAACCAGGUUUGUCUAAGAAAUAUAUAGUGGUCCUUUUGAUAACCUAAUGCAGGGAUCAUCAACUAGAUUCAGCCGUGAGACGACAUUUUUUUUCUUCUUAAGGAGAUGGUCGGGGUCGGAACACAAUUACAAAUAAUUUGUAGACUGCAAAUUGGCCGCAAGAAGCCCAAACAGAUAAUAAUAUUUGACUAAAACAUAAUCAUUUGAAACCGUGCUUACAUUUGGAUACGAUCAUGUGUAUCUCUCUAUUAUGCGUGGGGAUACUUUGGAACAGAUUUCCAAAAUAAAAAUCACUUGAAUUUGAUUUUUGUGUUUUUACAGUCUUUAAUGUCCAACAAUAAAAAUCACAUUUUUGGGGGAUAAAACAAAAACACGGACUGCCAGUUGAGGAACCCAUACCUAAUGUAUGACUGUCCUUUCCUUGCAGGAGUAAAACAGCUGCCUUGACUGACAAUAGGAUACGCACAAUGAAUGAAGUGGUGUCUGGAAUCAGGAUCAUCAAAAUGUAUGCCUGGGAGAAGCCCUUCUCAGCACUGGUCAAUGAUGUCAGAAGGUAAAACAAAGUAUAACCUUGAAGAUUUUGAACUGAUCCCACUGCACAGAACAAACUCAAUAUUGAGAUAGUGUUAGAUUUGUAUAUAUUGUUACUGUAAUAACGCUUACUUAACAAGCGCUAUUGUCCGAAGCCCAUUACAGAUUGUGAAAUGUGUUAUUUCAAGAAUUCUCUCACAGUCAUCACCCAUGAUUCAUUCCAGCUGGUUGUCCUGUUAGGAUUGCUGACGCGAGUGAAGGUCCCAUGGCGUGUUUUAACCAAAGACCUUCCUCUUCUAAUUUUCCUGUGCUGAGGAAUCGACACUAACAAUAGCUUCUUGUGAUGUUGUAACGUGAUGUUUAUUAAGGAACCUGUCAAACACACUAACUACAUUCAUGUGUCUUUCCUGAGGGUUUGUCGAGACCUAACGUGAGACAUUUUAGAUAAGAUUAUCUACGAUCUAGUACUUUGUGCCAAAGUAACACUGACACAAAUGUAUAAGUUAUACAAACAUACAUUUGUCAGUCAAAUCGACUGAAAUCCUAGUGAUUAACCCUUUUCAUUAGGCAUGGGCGGUAUACUGGGGUAUUUUAAAAUACCUACCGUAUGAUUUUCAAUACUGUCAAUAUAUUUACUCAGUGGCCAGUUUAUUGGGUACACAUCUAGUAUCGGGUCGGACCCCCCUUUGUCUCCAGAACAGCCUGAAUUCUUCGGGGAAAUUGAAACGUUGCUCAAUUAGUAUCAAGGGACCUAACGUGUGCAAGGAAAACAUUCCCACGCCAUUACACCACCGCCACCAGCCUGUACCGUUGACACCAGGCAAGAUGGGGCCAUGGACUCAUGCUGCUUACGCCAAAUCUUGACUCUACCGUCGGACCAGGCAAUGUUUUUCCACUCCUCAAUUGUCCAGUGUUGGUGAUAUUGUGCCCACUGGAGCCGUUUCUUCUUGUUUUUAGCUGAUUGGAGUAGAACCCCGGUGUGGUCGUCUGCUGCAAUAGCCCAUCUGUGUCAAGGACUGACGAGUUGUGCGUUCCGAGAUGCCGUUCUGCACACCAAUGUUGUACUGCACCGUUAUUUACCUGUUUGUGGCCCCCUGUUAGCUUGCACGAUUAUUGCCAUUCUCCUUUGACCUCAUCACGAGCUGUUGUCGCUCACAGGACUGCCGCUGACUGGAUGUUUUUUGUUUGUUGCACCAUUCUCGGUAAACCCUAGACACUGUCGUAAAGUCCAGGAGGCCGGCCGUUUCUGAGAUACUGGAACCGGCACGCCUGUCACCGACGAUCAUACCACGCUCAAAGUCUCUUAGGUCACUCGCUUUGCCCAUUAUAACGUUCAAUCGAACAGUAACUGAAUGCCUAUCUGCCUGCUUUAUAUAGCAAGCCACGGCCAUGUGAAUUUCUGUCUGUAGGAGCAAACUAUUUUCGUGAACGGGGUGGUGUACCUAAUAAAAUGUAUAUGUAUAUUCGUUAUUUUAAAAUAAAUACCUGCAGUCAUCUUGUGCACUAGGUUAAUAGAUAAACCAGAUCGUGUACUUCAUUUCGCCUGUUGCUUUGUUUUUUUCAUUAUGAAGCCCUUCCCCAAAGCAGCUGAUUGAGACAAUCAACGGAAGUGACAACAAUUUUGUGACAACUGUUGUCCAGCGCAACAUAGGUGAUCAAGUUACACUUGAAAUUCACGACUAAUGUUUGCCAGCUAAAUAUCCUAUAGCUAUACGUUUAACUAUCUAAGAUGUGCCAAAUACAUUUUCUCCAACUCAGGGCUCCAGCUAUGCAUUUGGUUUGCUAGCCUGCAAGAUCAAGCUUCUUGGUUACAGCAGAGACGAUCAAUCCCCUCCUGGAUCAAGAACCCUGCUGUCUAAUAUUUGUUUUGUGCGUGCAGCAAACCAUUUACAUUUACGUCAUCCAUCUUAUCCAGAGCGACUUACAAAUUGGUGCAUUCACCUUAUAGCCAGCCUUUUGAGAUAGUUAUACAGCUUUAUGAGCAGGGAUGUCUGUCCUUGCAAUUUGUUUAUGUUGACUUGCACUUGUUAGCAAUUAGCAAGCAUCCGCUAUGAGAAUACGCUAGUAAUUUGUAAGCAUUUUUUAAAAAUGUUUGGAAAGAAAUGGCGCCCCCUUGUGUGCACUGCCGGUAACCCCGUACCCCGGUAGUGUACAGAAGCGGUAUGAAAAUCUGGAUACCGCCCAACCCUACUUUUUAUAACAACCACUAUUGCCUGGUGUGGUAUUGCUAGUGGGCCUCUGACACACAACCACCAUGUACACUGAGUGUACAAAACAUUAAGGACACCUGCUCUUUCCAUGACAUGGACUGACCAGGUGAAAGCUAUGAUCCCUUAUUGAUGUCACUUGUUAAAUCCACUUCAAUCAGUGUAGAUGAAGGGGAGGAGACAGCUUAAAGAAGGAUUUUUGAGACAUGGAUAGUGUAUGCAUGCCAUUGAGGGUGAAUAGCAAGACAAAACAUUUAAGUGCCUUUGAAUGGGGUAUGGUAGUAGGUGCCAGGCACACCGUUUUGUGUCAAGAACUGCAACGCUGUAGAGUUUUUCACACUGAACAGUUUCCCGUGUGUAUCAAAUAAUAUAAUAAUAUGCCAUUUAGCAGACGCUUUUAUCCAAAGUGACUUACAGUCAUGUGUGCAUACAUUUUUACGUAUGGGUGGUCCCGGGGAUCGAACCCCCUACCCUGGCGUUACAAGCGCCAUGCUCUACCAAUUGAGAGGUCCACCACUCAAAGGACAUCCAGCCAACUUGACACAACUGUGGGAAUCAUUGGAGUCUUCCUGAGCCUCCUGAGUGGCGCAGUGGUCUAAGGCUGUGCCACUAGAGAUCCUGGUUCGAAUCCAGGCUCUGUCGCAGCCGGCCGCGACCGGGAGACUCAUGGGCGGCGCACAAUUGGCCCAGCGUCGUCCAGGGUAGGGGAGGGAAUGGCCGGCAGGGAUGUAGCUCAGUUGAUAGAGCAUGGCGUUUGCAACGCCAGGGUUGUGGGUUCGAUUCCCAGGGGGGGCCAGUAUAAUAAAAAAAUAAUAAAAAAAACCCACAUUUAUUCACUAACUGUAAGUCGCUCUGGAUAAGAGCGUCUGCUAAAUGACUAAAAUGUAAAUGUAAUGAGUCAACAUGGGCCAGCAUCCCUGUGGAACACUUUUGACACCUUGUAGAUUCCAUGCCCUGACGAAAUGAGGCUGUUCUGAGGGCAAAAAGGGGGUGCAACUCAAUAUUAGGAAGGUGUCCUUAAUGUACACUCAGUUGUAUACUACGAUGAUGUCCUAAAAUGGACACCGGAUCACAGAGCUGGCGCAAAGCCACUGGCACAUUAAUGGGUUACAGCUUCUCCACCUCACAGAGCUGUGUGACAUGGACACUACUAUCCAGUCAUAAGGCUGUCUAAAUCUGUCACUUGUCUGUUAGUACAUGGAGAACAAGGUGCCCAUGGUUCUUCCCAGUGAUAUAAAUAACUCUGAAUUGCUCAGAUUUAGUUGUUGUUUUAUUAAAGGGCUAUAUAGGGAUUCCUCGUGCAGUGGUUCAUAAUGACACUGACUGAGUGAAUCUGUGGUGCACAUUGGCUCUGUUUGAAGUCUGGACAGCAACAACCUCUCCCCAUGCAACAGGACAACCCCUGCUCCUCUCCCUUUGAAUAUCCACAUGUUUACACACACUCACAGGGCUAAGAUAACACAGUGGCCGGCCGCCAGAUGAACCAACACCGUCAUCACAGCCAUGUUAUCAGUGUGUCUUCCUGGUUUUCAUGUCACUCAUGUAGCAUCCUCAGGCAUAUUGAUAUACGGCCUUGUUUUUCAUCAGAGCAUAUGUAUUGAAAUGCUUCCUUAGUUUGUUUUUUGUUAGGCUAUGUUACUGAACACCUCUCAUUCUUCCCUCAGGAAAGAGAUCUCCAAGAUCAUGUCUAGCUCCUACCUGCGAGGCCUCAACAUGGCCUCCUUCUUUGCGGCCAGUAAGAUCAUCGUCUUCAUCACCUUCACCGUCUACGUCCUCCUGGGGAACACCAUCUCAGCCAGCCGGGUGUUUGUGGCCGUGUCUUUGUACAGUGCCGUCCGCCUCACCGUCACCCUCUUCUUCCCCUCAGCCGUAGAGAAACUGUCUGAGACGCGCAUCAGCGUCCGCCGGAUCAAGGUAUGGUCAUCUCUGUUGACAGAUAUAUUAUUAUCAUCUCUGUUGACAGAUUUAUUAUCUCUGAUGUGUGAACCAUACAAUACCAGAGCUCUCCUGAGGUUGUGCUAGGCUCCUCUUCUGCACGUGUUGGCUUCUGAGAGUGCAGGUGUCGUCUCUGCGCUGGGCUCCUUUUAGUUAAUUUUAGAUGUGCUGUCCUGACAGUUGCCUGGAUGCCAAUGUGAAACAUAAGGCCCAGCGCUGGAUCUGGCUGAUCCCCUAAGACUCAUUAUGUAAUCCUGUCACAUUAUCAGACUUUAUGAUCAGUGACUGGAAAAUCAUCACGGGACUUAUCUGAGCCACAGCCAGGCUUUUCAAUACUGUAUGUCAUCUGAUUGUUCAAAGCCAGGGAAGUAACAGGCAUCAUUGCAAUCAAGAUCCUCAAACAUGUCAUCUCAAUCCAAAAGGAUUUUAAAAAAAGCCUCGGAUCCAUCUGGAUGUGGUGGUUUUAUUAACAUGAUGAGACAUGGCUGUAUAUCGCUGUUGAACUCUUGUUUCCACUCCCACAGACUUUCCUCCUGUUGGAUGAGAUUGUGAAAAGCAACCAUGGAUUCCUCCAGGAGGAGAAGAGAGAGCCUUCUGUGGAGAUCCAGGACCUGAUUUGCUACUGGGACAAGGUGAAUGUUCAACUGCUACCAUCCAGACUCCUAGAUCCACCUACAGUGUUGGUUACAGCCAUCAAAUCAAAUCAAAUCAAAUUUUAUUGGUCACAUGCGCCGAAUACAACAGGUGCAGACAUUACAGUGAAAUGCUUACUUACAGCCCUUAACCAACAGUGCAUUUAUUUUAAACAAAAAAAGUAAAAAUAAAACAACAACAAAAAAAGUGUUGAGAAAAAAAAGAGCAGAAGUAAAAUAAAGUAAUAAUAAUAAUAAUAAUAAUAUGCCAUUUAGCAGACGCUUUUAUCCAAAGCGACUUACAGUCAUGCGUGCAUACAUUUUUGUGUAUGGGUGGUCCCGGGGAUCGAACCCACUACCUUGGCGUUACAAGCGCCGUGCUCUACCUGCUGAGCUACAGAGGACCUCUCUCUCAAUUCAAUUUCAAUUUAAGGGCUUUAUUGGCAUGGGAAACGUGUGUUAACAUUGCCAAAGCAAGGGAAGUAGAUAGUAAACAAAAGUGAAAUAAACAAUAAAUAUUAACAGUAAACAUUACACUCAGAAGUUUCAAAAGAAUAAAGACAUUUCAAAUGUCAUAUUAUGUAUAUAUACAGUGUUGUAACAAUGUGCAAAUAGUUAAAGUACAAAAGGGAAAAUAAAUAAAACAUAAAUUGGGUUGUAUUACAAUGGUUGUUGUGUUCUUCACUGGUUUCCUUUUUUUGCAAAAGGGACAAAAUUGCGGUGAUUGGAACAAUGGGGGUUUUCACAAGGAGAUAAAGGGAGUUAAUAAUAUUCCCCUAUUUAUAAUAUAGAAGAGGUAAAAAAGGGUAACAUUCCUUCCAAGGUCCCUUUUUGAAAAGGAUAAAAAUUAUCACUUUAAAUUUGAAAUAAGUUCCUAGUGUUGAAUGGGAAAAAAAGAAAAAGAUUGGAAGAAGAAAGAGAAGGGAAAAAAAAAAAAAAAAAGAAAAAGAAAGGGGGAAAAGAAAAAAAGGGGGGGCCCCCCCCCCCAAAAAAAAAAACCCCCCCCCCCCCCCCCCCAAAAAAAAAAUUUUUUCCCCCCCGUUUUUUUUCCCCAAAAACAGGGGGAAAAAAAACAAAAGGAAAACCCAAAAAACCCCCCCCAAAAAAAAAAAAAACCCCCGGGGGAAAAAAGAAAGGUUAUAUGGGUUUUGUUUUCCCGGUUAUUCUGUGAAAAGGCGGUAUACUACGUAAUUUGGUUUCAAAGAUCCAUAAAAUUUAUGCACCUAAAAAUUAAAUUUUGGAAAGGGGAAACCCAACGAUAAUUUAAGAAAAAAAAAAAAAAGUGGAGAAAAAAAGGCAAGAAUAAUAAAAAAAAUUGAAAAUAGAAGUUUAAAAAAAUGAUUGUGUUGUUGGAUGAAACUAUUAGAGGUUUUAGUGAAAGAGGAAUUGAGGAAAGGAAAAAAUAGGAUGGGAAAGGAUUUAAAUUUUAAAAAACAAAUUUUUAAAAAUAAAACCCCCCCUUUCAGAUUUAAAAAAUAAAAAUCUCCAACCCCUUAUUACUCCUUUAACGUCCACUAUGAAAAUAACCAUUCCCUUUUUUUACUUUCCUUUUUAGACUUUCAUAGGGGAAAAACCCCAAAUUUUCUUCCUUCCCCUUUAUUCUCUCUCCCUUCCCAAAUUUUUUAUUACCUUUUCUUCCCCUUUUUUAAUGCCCGAUUUAUUUUUUAAAAGAACUCUCCCUUUCCCUUUUUUUUUUUUUUUUUUUUUUUUUUUUUUUUUUUUUUUUUUUUUUUUUUUUUUUUUUUUUUUUUUUUUUUUUUUUUUUUUUUUUUUUUUUUUUUUUUUUUUUUUUUUUUUUUUUUUUUUUUUUUUUUCGUUAAAUUCAAUGCUAUUAUGUAUAUAUACAGUGUGUGAACAAGGCAAAUUAUAUUGUUUAAAAGUACAAAUGGGAAAAAUAAAUAAACAUAAUAUGGGUUGUAUGUACAAGGUGUGUUUUGUUCUUACUGGUUGCCCGUUUUUCUUGUGGCAACGGUUCCAAAUAUGGCAGGUGUAUGACAUGUGUGGUUGUCACCGGUAGAGAUAAGGGAAAUUAUAUAAUAUUCUCUAUUAUAUCUAUUUAGAAUUUAGAAAGAAACCCGAUCACUUCUCCCUCUUCUUCCUCCUCACGCCCCUCUCAUCCUCUCUUCCUCGCUCUCAAUACAUGGGAAAAUUGCAUAAAAAAGGGGGGGGAAAAACCCCAAAAAAGGGGCCCCAAAAGGAAAAAAAAAGGUUUAUCAAAAAGAAAAAAAAGGGGGAAAACGGGGGGGAAAACAGGGGAAAAAAGGCCGGGGAAAAAAAAAAAAAACCCCCCCCCCCCCCCGCCAAAAGGGGAAAAAAAGGGGGGGUUUUGGAGGGGGCCCGGGGGGUUUUUUUGGGGGAAGGGAAAAAGGGGGCAAGAAAAAACCCCGGGAAAAAAAAGAAAAAAAAAAAAAAAGAAAAAAGGGGGAGAAAAAAAAGGGGGGGGAAAGGGGGAAAGGGGAAAAAAAGGGGGGGGGGGGGGGGGAAAGGGAAAAGGGGGGGGAAAAAAAAGGGGGGGGGGGGGGGAGAGAGAGGGGAGACGGAGAGAGAGAGAUAGAGAGGAAAAAAUUACCGGGAGAAAAUAAGACGGAAAAGGAAGAGAAAGGAACAAAGGGGAAGGGAGGGGAGGAAGCGGGAAAAAGGGGAAAAAGCGAUAACUAGGGAGAAACCCCAAGGACCCGACCCGGAACAUAGCUAUGGCCCCGGUACUGAAGAAAAGCUUCCCCCUCCUCUCCUCUCUCUCCUCUCUUCCCUCUCUCUUCUCUCUCUCUCUCUCUCUCCUCCCUUCUUCCAUCUCCUUCUCAGCCCCUCCCCUCUCUUCAAUUCCCCCGGGUGGGCUAUCUCUUUUUCUUCCCUUCUUUUUCCUCUUUUUCUUUUAAUUCAAUUAAUUUAAAGGGCUUUUUGGGCAGGGAAAAGUUGUUUUAAAUCAAAGAAAGGGAAGUAGAUAGUAAACAAGUGAAAUAAACAAUAAUAUUAACAGUAAACAUUACAUCAGGAAGUUUCAAAAAGAAAAAGACAUUUCAAAUGUCAUAUUAUGUAUAUAAAACAGUGUUGUAAACAAUGUGCAAAAUAGUUAAAGUACAAAUGGGAAAAUAAAUAAACAAAAUAUGGGUUUUGUAUUUACAAUGGUGUUUGUUCUUCACUGGUUGCCCUUUUCUUUGUGGCAACAGGUCAACAAAUAUUGCAGCUGUGAUGGCACACUGUGGUUUUUCACCCAGUAGAUAAGGGAGUUUGAUCAUCUCUCAUCUCUCUCUCUCCUUCUCUCUCUCUCUCUUCUCUCUCUCUCUCUAUAUCUCUCUCUCUCUCUUCUCUCUCUCUCUCUCUCUCUCUCUCUCUCUCUCUCUCUCUCUCUCAAUUCAAUUUCAAUUUAAGGGCUUUAUUGGCAUGGGAACGUGUGUUAACAUUGCCAAAGCAAGGGAAGUAGAUAGUAAACAAAAGUGAAAUAAACAAUAAAUAUUAACAGUAAACAUUACACUCAGAAGUUUCAAAAGAAUAAAAGACAUUUCAAAUGUGCAUAUUAUGUAUAUAUACAGUGUUUUGUAACAAUGUGCAAAUAGUUAAAGUACAAAUGGGAAUCUUCUCUCUCUCUCUCUCUCUCUCUCUCUCUUCUCUCCCCCCCCUCCUCACUGUUAUUCCCUUGUUUCAUGUCCCACAGCCAAACCCCCCCUAUCCACAGGAAAAAAAACGUUUCUGCAGCUAAAAUAAACAAACAUGUUCAAAUUUUAUUGGUCACAUGCGCCGAAUACAACAGGUGCAGACAUUACAGUGAAAUGCUUACUUACAGCCCUUAACCAACAGUGCAUUUAUUUUAAACAAAAAAGUAAGAAUAAAACAACAACAAAAAAAGUGUUGAGAAAAAAAGAGCAGAAGUAAAAUAAAGUGACAGUAGGGAGGCUAUAUAUACAGUAAAAUAAAGUGACAGUAGGGAGGCUAUAUAUACAGGGGGGGUACCGUUGCAGAGUCAAUGUGCGGGGGCACCGGCUAAUUGAGGUAGUUGAGGUAAUAUGUACAUGUGGGUAGAGUUAAAGUGACUAUGCAUAAAUACUUAACAGAGUAGCAGCAGCGUAAAAAGGAUGGGGUGGGGGGGGCAGUGCAAAUAGUCCGGGUAGCCAUGAUUAGCUGUUCAGGAGUCUUAUGGCUUGGGGGGUAGAAGCUGUUGAGAAGUCUUUUGGACCUAGACUUGGCACUCCGGUACCGCUUGCCGUGCGGUAGCAGAGAGAACAGUCUAUGACUAGGGUGGCUGGAGUCUUUGACAAUUUUGAGGGCCUUCCUCUGACACCGCCUGGUAUAGAGGUCCUGGAUGGCAGGAAGCUUUGCCCCAGUGAUGUACUGGGCCGUACGCACUACCCUCUGUAGUGCCUUGCGGUCGGAGGCCAAGCAGUUGCCAUACCAGGCGGUGAUUGCAACCAGUCAGGAUGCUCUCGAUGGUGCAGCUGUAGAAUUUUUUGAGGAUCUGAGGACCCAUGCCAAAUCUUUUUAGUCUCCUGAGGGGGAAUAGGCUUUGUCGUGCCCUCUUCACGACUGUCUUGGUGUGUUUGGACCAUGAUAGUUCGUUGGUGAUGUGGACACCAAGGAACUUGAAGCUCUCAACCUGUUCCACUACAGCCCCGUCGAUGAGAAUGGGGGCGUGCUCAGUCCUCUUUUUUUUUCCUGUAGUCCACAAUCAUCUCCUUUGUCUUGGUCACGUUGAGGGAGAGGUUGUUGUCCUGGCACCACACGGCCAGAUCUCUGACCUCCUCCCUAUAGGCUGUCUCAUCGUUGUCGGUGAUCAGGCCUACCACUGUUGUGUCGUCGGCAAACUUAAUGAUGGUGUUGGAGUCGUGCCUGGCCAUGCAGUCAUAGGUGAACAGAGAGUACAGGAGGGGACUGAGCACGCACCCCUGAGGGGCCCCCGUGUUGAGGAUCAGUGUGGCAGAUGUGUUGUUACCUACCCUUACCACCUGGGGGCGGCCCGUCAGGAAGUCCAGGAUCCAGUUGCAGAGGGAGGUGUUUAGUCCCAGGAUCCUUAGCUUAGUGAUGAGCUUAGAGGGCACUAUGGUGUUGAAUGCUGAGCUGUAGUCAAUGAAUAGCAUUCUCACGUAGGUGUUCCUCUUGUCCAGGUGGGAAAGGGCAGUGUGGAGUGCAAUAGAGAUUGCAUCAUCUGUGGAUCUGUUGGGGCGGUAUGCAAAUUGGAGUGGGUCUAGGGUUUCUGGGAUAAUGCUGUUGAUGUGAGCCAUGACCAGCCUUUCAAAGCACUUCAUGGCUACAGACGUCAGUGCUACGGGUCGGUAGUCAUUUAGGCAGGUUAUCUUAGAGUCCUUGGGCACGGGGACUAUGGUGGUCUGCUUGAAACAUGUUGGUAUUACAGACUCAGUCAGGGACAUGUUGAAAAUGUCAGUGAAGACACUUGCCAGUUGGUCAGCACAUGCUCGGAGUACACGUCCUGGUAAUCCGUCUGGCCCUGCGGCCUUGUGAAUGUUGACCUGCUUAAAAGUCUUACUCACAUCGGCUACGGAGAGCGUGAUCACAUAGUCAUCCGGAACAGCUGGUGCUCUCAUGCAUGCUUCAGUGUUGCUUGCCUCGAAGCGAGCAUAGAAGUGGUUUAGCUCGUCUGGUAGGCUUGUGUCACUGGGCAGCUCGCGGCUGUGCUUCCCUUUGUAGUCUGUAAUAGUUUUCAAGCCCUGCCACAUCCGACGAGCGUCAGAGCCAGUGUAGUACGAUUCAAUCUUAGACCUGUAUUGACUCUUUGCCUGUUUGAUGGUUCGUCGGAGGUCAUAGCGGGAUUUCUUAUAAGCGUCCGGGUUAGAGUCCCAUUCCUUGAAAGCGGCAGCUCUACCCUUUAGCUCAGUGCGGAUGUUUCCUGUAAUCCAUGGCUUCUGGUUGGGGUAUGUACGUACGGUCACUGUGGGGACGACAUCAUCGAUGCACUUAUUGAUGAAGCCAGUGACUGAUGUGGUGUACUCCUCAAUGCUGUCUGAAGAAUCCCGGAACAUGUUCCAGUCUGUGCUAGCAAAACAGUCCUGUAGCUUAGCAUCUGCGUCAUCUGACCACUUUUAUUACAGCUUGAUGCUAUUUGUCUUGUGUGUAUACAAUGAGCUCCAAACGUAUUGGGACAGUGACAAUAUUGUUGUUGUUUUGGCUCUCUACUCCAGCACUUUGGAUUUUAAGUGAGACUAUGAGGUUAAAGUGCAGACUGUCAGCUUUAAUUUGAGGGUAUGUUCAUUCCAUAUCGGGUGAAGUGUUUAGAAAUUGCAGCACUUUUUGUACAUAGUCCCCACAUUUUAGGGGACCAAAAUUGUCUAUAAACAAAUUCACUUAUGUGUAUUAAAGUAGUCAACAGUUUAGUAUUUGGUCCCAUAAUCCUAGCACGCAAUGACUACAUCAAGGUUGUGACUCUACAAACUUGUUGGAUGCAUUUGCUGUUUGUUUUGGUUGUGUUUCAAAUGAUUCUGUGCCCAAUAGAAAUGAAUGGUAAAUAAUGUAUUGUGUCAUUUUGGAGUCACUUAUUGUAAAUAAGAAUAUUAUAUUUCUAAACACUUCUACGUUAAUGAAUGAACUGUGGAUAAUGGAGUGAGAAAGUUAGAUCAUACCCCCAAGACAUGCUAACCUCUCACCAUUACAAAAACAAGAGAGGUUAGCAUUUGUAUAUUUAUGCCUUUUGGAGCUCACUGUAUUACAACUGUUAUAAUAAAGUCUAACCUGAAAUGUCCCCUCUCUCACUCUGUACAGAGUCAGGACGCCCCGUCUCUCCAGAACCUGUCACUCACAGUAAAGUCAGAGCAGCUCGUCGCUGUCAUUGGACCUGUGGGGGCUGGAAAGGUCAGAGGUCAUGUUUCUUAGCUUGGUGUGACAGCCUAUUACAUCACUGUACGAGGACAGCCAACGUAGAAAGAGGGCAGUAAGCCAACUACAAUAUUUAUUUAGCUACAGUGUGACUCAGAAACCGGUAUUGCAAUAUGUGUAAACAUUGAGGUUUCCUCCUCUGACUGUGACAUAGUGCCUUUAUUUAUGUACACUGAGUGUUGAUCAAUACCUGCUCUUUCCAUGACAGACUGACCAGGUGAAUCCAGGUCAAUGCUAUGAUGCCUUAUUGAUGUCACUUGUUAAAUCCACUUCAAUCAGUGUAGAUGAAGGGGAGGAGACAGGUUAAAGAAGGAUUUUUAAGCCUUGAGACAAUUGAGACAUGGUGCCAUUCAGAGGGUGAAUGGGCAAGACAAAAGAUGUAAGUGCCUUUGAACGGGGUAUGGUAGUAGGUGCCAGGCACACUGGUUUGAGUGUGUCAAGAACUGCAAUGCUGCUGGGUUUUGCACACUCAACAGUUUUCCCAUGUGUAUCAAAAAUGGUCCACCACCCAAAGGACAUCCAGCCAACUUGACAUAACUGUGGGAAGCAUUGGAGUCAACAUGGGCCAGCAUCCCUGUGUAAUGCUUUCGACACAUUGUAGAGUCCAUGCCCAAUGAUUUGAGGCUGUUCUGAGGGCAAAAGAGGGGAGGGGGUGCAACUCAAUAUUAGGAAGGUGUUCCUAAUGUUUUGUACACUCUGUGUAUGUUCUUCCUAUCAAGCUCACCUGUUCCCCCUUCACAUUUCCCACAGUCCUCUCUGCUCAGCGCCAUCCUGGGGGAGAUGCCUCACGACAAGGGGGUGUUGAAGGUCAAAGGUCAGCUGACCUACGCCUCCCAGCAGCCCUGGGUGUUCCCCGGAACCAUCCGCAGCAACAUCCUGUUUGGCAAAGCGCUCCAUCCUCAGAAGUAUGAGAAGGUCCUGAGAGCCUGCGCCCUCAAGAGGGUAAGACACACUGAAUGGAGCUCUCAUGGUAUUUAAUGCUGGGAGAUUGCUAAAUGCAAGGAUUGGUGAAGCUCCAUUGUGACGGUUGGAUCUCUUGAACUUUGAGUGCAAAGAGCACCAGCACCUUGGGCUCUGGGUGGCACGCCUUCCAGCAGAGCUUUCAACACUCCUACAUGAACACAGGCACACUCAGUCCCUUGUGCCCUAUUGAACACAAUGUGAGACUAGAUUCACUCUCUCACAACCACAUGAAACUGACAUCUGCUCUAUAAACACACUUUCUCUUUGAUCAGAGGACUGGACUUUCAGCCACACAUUCACUUCCCAUGGAGAGCACACAAACACACUGUGAUCCGUAGUGUCACUUCCACAGCCAUGCACUCUGUGACACUAACACUGUCCCCUUUCACUGUGUACAAACUGCAUUCCCUCUGUGUGUGGAAGAUCAUGUCCUGCACAUAGUCAUUAUAGUCCUCCUGUUUGAGGGAUUGUGAUGGUUGUGGGUCCUAUUAACCCCUGUUGUCCCUUCUGUGUUCAGGACAUGGAGCUGCUGCCAGAUGGGGACCUGACAGUGAUCGGGGACAGAGGAGCCACCCUCAGUGGGGGACAGAAAGCUAGAGUGAACCUGGCCCGGUAAGACUACAGCUCCACUUCAUACCAGAGUAGAAAUGAGUUGAGGUACAUUCUAUAGAUGUGAUGAAUAUCCUCCUGUCUCUAUCUGAAAGCCUUGUUGUUGUGUCUCAGGGCUGUGUAUCAGGAUGCUGAUAUCUACCUGCUGGACGACCCUCUAAGUGCUGUGGAUGCUGAGGUCGGGAGACACCUGUUUGAACAGUGAGUGAACUACAGUUUCAGCUGAACAGGUUGUUUAUUUUUACACCACUAUGAUGAGAUAAACUCAGAUCCUCAAGGACCUUUUACAACUGAAUAGAGUGAUGCAAUACAAUAGUACACUGAUAGGACUUUGCUCUCAGUAGACUGUAUCAACAUGAUUGUAAAAGAGCAAAAAGAUAGAAAACACAACCCACUGGGCACACAAUGGUUGAAUCCAAGUUGUUUCCAUGUCAUUUCAAUGAAAUGACGUUGAACCAACGUGGAAUAGACGUUGAAUUGAUGUCUGUGCCCAGUGGCAAGCUCCUCUAUUUUGCAGCAGCAAAAGCAGUGGUUUAAAGUACUUAGUUUUUUUGGAGUAUCUGUACUUUACUAUUUAUAUUUUUCUUCACUACAUUCCUAAAGAAAAUAUUGUACUUUUUACUCCAUUCAUUUUCCCUGACAAACAAAAGUACUCGUUACAUUUUGAAUGAUUAGCAGGACAGGAAAAUUGUCCAAUUCACACACUUAUCAAGAGAACACGUGGUCAUCCCUACUGCCUCUGAUCUGACAGACUCACUAAACACAAUUGCAUCUUUUGUAAAUACUGUCUGAGUGUUGGAGUGUGCCCCUGGCUAUCCAUACAUAAAAAAUUUAAAUAAAUGAUUUUUGAAUGAUUUUUACUUUUGAUACUUAAGUAUAUUUAACACCAAAUACUUUUUUAGACUUUUACUCAAGUAGUACUUUAGUGGCUGACUUUCACUUAUACUUGAGUAACUUUCUAUUAAGGUAUCUACACUUUCACUCAAGUAUGAGAAUUGGGUACUUUUUCCAACACUGAGCAUACGCUUCACUGGUAUUGCCACAGGGUAGCUCACCAAGUCUAAACAAUAUGUGCUACUGUAACAUUGGCAAUGACAUCAUUGAUCAUGAGUGAAGCAUACAGCAAUGUAUUUUUCUCUUACUGAAGCAGGUAAUAAAGUGAAUUAACUACUGACUUACUGAAGCAUUUAGUGCAGUGAAUGAACUACUCUCUUACUGAAGAAUAAACUGGGGUAUGUACAGUACUUCCACUAUUGUUCUGGGGCAUUAUGAAGCAGUCUGUUCCUGCUCCUGUCCCCCAGUCCUUUGUUGGCGACUGGUGAUUUAUCUGGCAGACCAGCGGAAAGCCUGGAGCGCUCUAUUCCAACCUCCCUGAGGUCUCCAUCAAAGCAGCCCUAGCCUCUGAUCACAGCAGAGAGGCCCGGUGGGGACCAGUGAGGGUAGGAAGGCAGGAAAAGGAGUGGUGCUGCUGCCACUGUCAGGCACACAAUGGCAACAGAGCCCUACUCUACCUCUUCCUGUCACAUGACAUGGUCCCCUGGAAAGGGUUCAGGCAUGAAUAAUGGAACCAGAAGGGCAGUGAUGAGUGGUGGGCAGCACUUUAACUGUGCAGGUCUCACUUUUAUAAAAAGCUCUAACAGUUAGAACAGGUUUCAAUAGCAUUGUAAGAGUAAAUCUGUGUUUUUGAUGUGGAUGCUGCAAUCUCAGUGUCUGUCUGUCAUCAUGUGUUGUGUCCAGGUGUAUCUGUGGUAUUCUGAAGAAUAAGCCCCGCAUCCUGGUCACCCACCAGUUGCAGUACCUCCAAGCAGCCGACCAGAUCCUCGUCCUCAAGGAGGUGUGUUCCUGGCAGGGUUUAACAUUCCACACAUGCUUUAAGACUACUUAGGAACACACAUGCUUACCCUGUGCUUAAGUUAAUGCAGGACCCGCACUACAAGCAGGGGGAGGUAUGUGUUACCAUGGGUUAAACGGAGGUUUUAGUGUAAACGUAUGUAGGAACACUUGUAUAAAUGCACACAGACGUGUACAUUACAUAGAGACUCCAUAUGUUUGGUGGGGUUUGACCUUUGUGUGUCUGUUUCAGGGUCACAUGGUGGCAAGGGGGACGUACAGCGAACUCCAGCGCUCUGGGGUCGACUUCACCUCCCUGCUGAAGAGGGACGAGGAGGAGGGGCCACAAGCCCCAGGCGCGGAGACUGAAAGCCGCUCGCCGCGCAGCCGCACCCUCUCCCAGAAUUCAGUGGUCUCCCACACCUCCUCCAUACGCUCUGUUAAAGAUGGAACUGAACAGCUUCCGGUGGGUCCAGCCCUUAGAUAGUCGCUAGGAGCAUGUUCACUCUGAUGUGUCCCUGAUUUUAUAUUUUGUAGCAAAGCAGUGAGUGAAGAAAGAGUUGUACCUGUGCUUGCUCUUUUUGCCCACAAGAGGGAAGUGAUUACAAACUUUUAGUAGAAGUUUGCAAGCCACAGCAAAGUACAUGUCCUACUUUCGUUAAAAAAACAAGUGUUUAUUGUCCCCCACGAUAAAAUCGGGAAGGGGACUGUGGAUCCGUCUCAGUCCGUUAGCCACACGCGAUAUCUCAGACAGCACUGGCCCGAUUUUGACGAGACUUGGGUGAAUGAUGUCUUGCCAUAGAGAUCUGGCAUUUACACAAUUACACUGAUUGGCCCAAGGCAGGAGCUGUAGUAAUUAACUGAAAUUCUUUAGUCACACGUGAGAUUUCAAUUGGCCCAAGGGAGGGGGAGGGGGAGGGAGGGGGGACUGCAUCAUUCGUGGGGGACAAUUGUUGCCUUGUAAUUUUAGUAGAAGCUAUGCAAGCCACAGCAAAGUACAUGUACUUUCCUUAAAAAGACAAGUUAAUUUGUAUCUUGUUGACAUGCUCAGGUUCCCCAACACACAGUUCUCAACUUCCCUCGUGCUUGAACCUCUAAAGAGUUUAUCUCCUACACAGAAAGUGCAUAGAAUGACUCACUUAACAUUGUUGUGCAGAUAUCAUGCGUCAAUUUAUUUGCAGUGGCUUUAAUGAAUAACCCCCAAUAAAUUCUAAGAUGUUUGUGUAUAUUGCAGGCGGAGCCUGUCCAGACAGUAGCAGAGGAGAGCCGCUCAGAGGGGACCAUCGGCGUCGGCCUCUAUGUCAAGUACCUGAAGGCAGGCGCCAACAUCCUGGUGUUGAUAGGAGUUCUAUUACUCCAGUUCCUAGCUCAGGUAAUGACAUCAUAUCCCCAGUACACCUACAUGGUCAAAAACGGCACUAGUAGUGCGGAAGAAAUUAAAUCUGAUGACGACUACUUGAUUAAAUGAUCUAGGCCUACUCACAUACUGGUGUUUUUGUGUGCAGGCAGCAUAUAUUCUGCAGGACUGGUGGUUGGCAUACUGGUAAGAAGUUUGAUUCAUUUCACCGUUCAUUUCCAUUCAUGCCACUGUCAUGUGACCCUUUUAACAUGCUGUGUUGGGACUGGCUCUGUGCUUUAGCUCUGUCUCCUCUGUGAUUGACAGGGCAGGAGAGCAGGAGAAGCUCAAUGUUAACGGCACUGUGAUCAUCCAAAAUGGUGUCAAUGUCACUGAAGAGCUGAACCUGGAUUUCUACCUAGGAAUUUACGCAGGUGUGACACAGUGGAAACUCUACUCUGGGAAUUGUUUUGCUACUCCUAGAAUAGUGUCAUGCAGACAGUCUUUCUUCCUCUAUAACCUUUGUGUUUCUGUCUGUGUUACAUGUGUGCUUCGAAAUUGUACAUCCUAAAAUGAAAAUCUGUGUUUUCAGGUUUGACUGGAGCAACUCUCAUCUUUGGCUUUGCCAGGAGUCUGGUGAUGUUCAAUUUGCUGGUGAAAGCUGCUCAGUCGCUACACAACCGCAUGUUCAACUCUAUCCUCCGGACGCCUGUACGCUUCUUUGACAUUAACCCAAUUGGUGAGCCAUAAGCCAUGCGCAAAUUGGAACAUAUAGGGAAAGUGAUUUUCUGUUGCCAGUUUUUCUGUGUUGAGAGAUGCUGCAUUUGUGUUUACUCUAUAUCUGUAGACAAAGAAAGAUAAGUAUUUUUUAAAUUCCUGGUCUUCUCUCCUGUUGUGUCCCAGGAAGAGUCCUCAACCGCUUCUCUAAGGACAUCGGCCAACUGGACUCAGCCUUACCUUGGACCUUUGUGGACUUCAUUCAGGUGAGCCACGACACAUUUUGGCCCUGCAUCUUCACAAGGUAUUUAGUAUUCUAUCACCAGUUAACCUGUUCCCUCUCCUCUGGUUAUGUCUUUGGGGCUGUUUUCCUGAGUAGAUAUUCCUGCAGAUCAUCGGUGUGGUCGCUGUAGCGGCCUCUGUCAUCCCCUGGAUCCUCAUCCCAUUGGUUCCUCUUAUCAUCAUCUUCCUGUUCCUGAGACGCUACUUCCUGCAGACGUCACGAGACGUCAAACGCCUGGAAUCCACUAGUGAGUGCCAGUGGCCUUUUGCUUUAUAGUGUGUGUGUGUGUGUGCGCGCACGGACAGUAAUCAGUAACCAUGUGUCUCUCUGCAGCUCGGAGUCCCGUCUUCUCCCACCUGUCCUCGUCCCUCCAAGGUCUGUGGACGAUCCGAGCCUUCAGAGCCGAGGAGAGAUUCCAGAACACCUUUGACGCUUAUCAGGAUCUGCACUCAGGUGGUUCUCCUUUCAAUACUGCCUCAAUGCUGCCUUACUUCUGUUUUGUUUGCCUCCAGUGGGUCUAAGUACAUUGAUGGAGAAUGAUAUUUAAUAACAUGUAUACAUUCUACCCAGUCUCAGCUCUGUGCGGUCCGUUCUAUAGGAGUAUAACUGAAUCAGUGUCUCUCGUCUCUCAGAAUCCUGGUUCCUGUUCCUGGUCACCUCUCGCUGGUUCGCCGUCCGCCUGGAUGGCAUGUGCGCCAUCUUCGUCACCAUCACCGCCUUCGGCUGCCUUCUGCUCCGAGACCGUAAGGGACAACGGCACACAGAACUAACACAAUUACAGAGUACACUUGGGCUGAAGGAGGUUAGGAAAACUGCAGCUUGUUGCCAGUCCGGACGUAGAAUAGCAACGAUUGAUUGAACAUUGGGUCUAAUCAGUGUCCUGUUUGUUUUUCUUAUGGCCUUGUUAGAGGUGGAGGCUGGAUCUGUAGGCCUGGCGUUAUCCUACGCUGUGACUCUCAUGGGGAUGUUCCAGUGGGGGGUACGACAGAGUGCCGAGGUGGAGAACAUGGUGAGAUAACCAGAUAUGUAGAGGAACACCUGUAUUUACAAUCAACCCCUUCUUCAGAGACUCUACAUGCUUUACAAAAACACCUGGGGUGCUUUACAAAGCCGCCAGACAACUUAGUCUGGAAAUAUGUUGAUUGAGAUGUGUAACCCAGUUCUCAGAACUAUUAGCGGUGACUCUGGAACUGCCUCCUGAACUAUUAGACCUUUCGUCUUGUUCAUGCUGGUAAUCAUGCCACAAUGGAAUGUUUGUCCAUAACAGCUCUUUCAAGAAUCCAGCCUGAGUGUUUUCUGAAGCUUCUUAAUGCCACUCUAUAGUGCUUUUAGUUUCAAGUUGUAAUGUUUAUUUAUUAUUAUUUAUUAUUUAUUAUUAUUAUUAUUUAUUAUAUUAAUGUCACGUGCACAAGUACAGUGAAAUGCCUUUCUUGCAAGCUCUAAACCCAACAAUGAAGUUAUCAAAGUAAUACUAAAAAUAACAUAAGGUAGUACAAAAACACACCGGAAAUAGAAAUAAGAAGAACAGGAGAAAGUAAGUCAGCAUACUAUAUACAGGGUCAGUCAGUUCCAGUACCAUAUUUACAAUGUGCAGGGAUAGAGGUAGAUAUGUAUAGGGGUUAGGUGACUAGGCUUCAGGAUAUAUGAUGAUAGUAUGUAUAUGUGUGUGUAUACAGUCAGUAUAAAUGUGUAUGUGUGAGGAAAUGAAAUGAGUGUGAGUGUGUAGAGUCCUGUGAGUGAGCAUAGAGACUAAAUUAAAUACACGGGUCAACUCAGACAGUCCGUGUAGCCAUUUUGUUAGCUAUUUAGCAGUCUUAUGGCUUGGAGAUAGAAGCUGUUCAGGAGCCUGUUGGUGUCAGACUUGAUGCACCGGUACCGCUUACCGUGUGGAAGCAGAGAGAACAGUCUAUGGCUUGGGUGGCUGGAGUCUUCAAUGAUUUUCUGGGCCUUCCUUCUUGGAUGGCAGGGAGAUCGCCCCCAAUGAGAAGCAAUGCUAGUACAAAAGCCAGGGCUAUUUGACUGAAAUUGUUGUUUAUUCACUGUCCUCAGAUGACGUCAGUAGAGAGGGUAGUGGAGUACACAGAGCUGGAGAGUGAAGCACCCUGGGAAACCCAGAAGCGUCCUCCUCCUGAGUGGCCGAGCCAAGGCCUCAUAACCUUUGACCGGGUCAGCUUCUCCUACAGCUCAGACGGACCUGUGGUCCUGAAGGACAUGAAGGCCAUGUUCAGGCCCAAAGAGAAGGUUGGCAUCGUGGGCAGGACGGGUGCGGGGAAAAGCUCCCUGGUAUCGGCGCUCUUCCGCCUGGCAGAGCCAGAGGGCAGGAUCUACAUCGAUGGAGUUCUGACCUCCGAGAUCGGCCUUCAUGACCUGCGCCAGAAGAUGUCCAUCAUACCUCAGGUAGCUACUGUAGGAGGCUCUUCUGUGGCUGCUCUGUCCCUUAGUCCUUCUGAAUGUAGGAAAGGAAAGGUUUCUUCUAGUUUUCAGAUAUGGCUCUGUUAGAGCUUAUUACAUUUUUCUGCUUGUGGCCCCUCUGUUCUGCAGGACCCAGUGCUUUUCACCGGCACCAUGAGGAAGAACCUGGACCCUUUCAGCCAGCACACAGACGAGGACCUGUGGAACGCUCUCCAAGAGGUACUGCUCCUCAGACUCCUAUUGAUACAGAUACAGUAAUGAGAUAUACUCUCACACAUGUACAUACAGGUUAAUGGGCUUUUGGUGUCAUCAGGGUCUUACUCCAGUAACUGUUUCCUCUCCAGGUCCAGCUGAAGUCUGUGGUGGAGGAGCUGCCUAAUAAGAUGGAGACGGUUCUGGCCGAGUCGGGCUCCAACUUCAGCGUGGGUCAAAGGCAGCUGGUCUGUCUGGCCCGAGCCGUCCUGAGGAAGAACCGCAUCCUCAUCAUCGAUGAGGCCACGGCCAAUGUGGACCCCAGGUAAAGACAUGCCUCUCUCACACACACACCUCCCAUCUGUCCUUUAGAGCUGAGCAGCAGAGGCAGCUGAUAUGCUUUAAUGCUGCAUUCAUAACCAAGUGGGAAGGUGGUAUUUACCACUUACGACUGGGAACGAUCCACUUGAAGGCCCAUCCAACUGGUAAUUACUAGUGGGGAAACUUGUCUAUCAUCCCUGAGCUCCGACUUCUCUCACAUGCUGACCUCUGAUGUCACCUACUAAGGAAAUUCUCGAUAACAGCAUUUUUGGCAGUUAAAUGAAACAUUAUUUGUUUUAUAAAAAGCAAUUUAGUAAUAUGGUUUUCGAACACUAAUUUAUUUACAGGCAUGAUAGCUGUAAUUGUAGUCUGAUGCAGCCUGUUGUCAAUUAGCCACUCGUCUUUUCUCAAUUAGUUCAAAGCAUAUGAAUGCAUCCAACUGGUAAUUACCACCUUCCCACUUGGUUAUGAACGCAGCAUAAGACUGGGAGCAUCUAGUAGUAGAGGAAAGCGUGAGUGUGUCCUGACCUGUCUGUAUGUCUCCUGGCUCUGUAGAACAGACGAGCUGAUCCAGAAGACGAUACGAGACAAAUUCAGGGAGUGCACCGUGCUCACCAUCGCCCACCGCCUCAACACCAUCAUAGACAGCGACCGCAUUCUGGUGAGAGCUCUCCACAGUUACACAACCAACUGGGUAUCUGUCUACUCUACAGUAUUAUAAUUGUUUUGUGUGUGUAUAUAUAUAUAUAUAUAUAAUACACUGGUUUUCAUUUUAUGUCCAAGGGCUUGUGUCAGGUCCUUUUGGAUCCUUAAUGAUAGACCAUAGAUUACUUACUAUAUAACUUGACUCUGUUCCCAGGUUCUAGACGCGGGUCAGAUCCACGCAUACGACGAGCCCUACACCCUGCUUCAGAACCACGACGGUAUCUUCUUCAAGAUGGUCCAGCAGACAGGCAGGCAGGAGGCCGUUGCCCUCCUGCAGUUAGCUAAACAGGUAAGCAGCUCGCUGACUCAACAGAGCAGGUCUACUUUACUCUCCCACUCUGUCCUCUGGCAGUGAAAUAGCUUAGAAAUGUUCAGUGUCAUGCUACCACACAGAUGUGUGGGAGCUGUGUUCUUGUGCGUCCACCACAUACUAGUCAGCACCUGUGUGGGAGCCUGUUUUCAUUGUGCGACAGACCCAAAACACAUGAGGUAUGAAUUAUUUGCAAAUGAUGGUGGAAAAUAAGUAUUUGGUCAAUAACAAAAGUUUCUCAAUACUUUGUUAUAUACCCUUUAUUGGGAAUGACACAGGUCAAAACGUUUUCUGGGGAAAUCUUCACAAGGUUUUCACACACUGUUGCUGGUAUUUGGCCCAUUCCUCCAUGCAGAUCUCCUAGAGCAGUGAUGUUUUGGGGCUGUCGCUGGGCAACACGGACUUUCAACUCCCUCCCAAAGAUUUUUUAUGGGGUUGAGAUCUGGAGACUGGCUAGGCCACUCCAGGACCUUGAAAUGCUUCUUACGAAGCCAUCCUUCGUUGCCCCGGCGGUGUGGGGUUUUGGGAUCAUGUCAUUUCUGAAAGACCCAGCCACGUUUCAUCUUUAAUGCCCCUUUCUGAUGGAAGGAGGGUUUUCACUCAAAAUCUCACGAUACAUGGCCCCAUUUAUUCUUUCCUUUACAGGAUAAGUCGUCCUGGUCCCUUUGCAGAAAAACAGCCCCAAAGCAGGGUGUUUCCACCCCAUGCUUCACAGUAGGUGUGGGUUUUUGGAUGCAAAUCAGCAUUCUUUUUCCUCCAAACACGACGAGUUGAGUUUUUUCCAAAAAGUUUAUUUUGGUUUCAUCGACCAUAUGAAUUCUCCCAAUCCUCUUCUGGACAUCCAAAUGCACUCUAGCAAAAAUCAGACAGGCCUGGACAGUACUGGCUUAAGCAGGGGGACACGUCUUGCGUGCAGGAUUUGAGUCCUGGCGGCCGUAGUGGUACUGAUGGAGGCUUUUUACUUGGGAGCCCCAACGGGGCCCCCCAGGAAAAGAAGGCCUCUCUCCACACAACACAAAAACCCCCCAAUCUUUUCCUAGGCGAGAGCAGAAGACAGCUGAUAUGUUAAAAUGCUGCAUUCAUAACCAAGUGGGAAGGGGGUUUUCCCACUUACAGGGGGAAGUCCACUUGAAGGCCCCCCCAAACUGGAAAUUUACUAGUGGGGAAAUGUUAUCACCCCUGGCUCCGACUUCUCUCACAUGCUGACCUCUGAUGUCACCUACUAAGGAAAUUCUCGAUAACAGCAUUUUUGGCAGUUAAAUGAAACAUUAUUUGUUUUAUAAAAAGCAAUUUAGUAAUAUGGUUUUCGAACACUAAUUUAUUUACAGGCAUGAUAGCUGUAAUUGUAGUCUGAUGCAGCCUGUUGUCAAUUAGCCACUCGUCUUUUCUCAAUUAGUUCAAAGCAUAUGAAUGCAUCCAACUGGUAAUUACCACCUUCCCACUUGGUUAUGAACGCAGCAUAAGACUGGGGCAUCUAGUAGUAGAGGAAAGCGUGAGUGUGUCCUGACCUGUCUGUAUGUCUCCUGGCUCUGUAGAACAGACGAGCUGAUCCAGAAGACGAUACGAGACAAAUUCAGGGAGUGCACCGUGCUCACCAUCGCCCACCGCCUCAACACCAUCAUAGACAGCGACCGCAUUCUGGUGAGAGCUCUCCACAGUUACACAACCAACUGGGUAUCUGUCUACUCUACAGUAUUAUAAUUGUUUUGUGUGUGUAUAUAUAUUUAUUAUACACUGGUUUUAUUUUAUGCCAAGGCUGGUCAGGUCCUUUGGAUCCUAAGAAGACCAUAACUACUAAUAACUGACUCUGUUCCAGGUUCUAACGCGGUAAUCACGCAUCGACGAGCCACACCCUGUUAGACACGACGAUCUUUUCAAGAUGGAGAAAGGCAGGAGGAGGCCAUUGCCCUCUGCAGUAGUAAACGGUAGCAGCUGUGACAACAUACGGUCACUCUCUCCUCGUGGCAGAAAAUUGAAAUGGUCUGACAGCGUUUUUGUGCGUCCACCACAUACCUCUGGCGUUUCGGGUUGGCGUACACUAACACCGGUUGUCUCGUCUUGAUUCAGGCAUACAAUAGCCGGAGUCGUCCCAGUACGACCAACGGAGGGGUCGGAGCAGACGGCAACUUGGUCAUCUUUGAGACGGCCCUGUAACAGCCUGGAGGAGGCUUUGACUAUUGUUUAAAGCCUGGAGUGCUGCUCCUCGGAGUCGACUGGUACUGCAGUCCCAUGGCAUUCUCCAGUCUACAGAGAUCAACAGUGCCUUAUCACCCUGCAAAAACUCCAUGUUGGAAACUCCAGUUGGACAGGAAGCUGCAAAGCGGUGGAACGGUUUGGUCCAGUGUGCCACAGGCUGAGUUGAGUCAAAUCCACUUAUGCAGUUGUAGGGAUUUUUCCCCAAGCUAAAAAAGUUGGGAAAGUACGUGGUGGGAUAACACUAAACGUUAACGGUCCAACCAAACCCUUAUUUAUUUUAUUUGUUUAAUGUAUCAUUUAAAUGAACAUGCAAUAACCAAUCAAUCGAUUUAAAGGAAUAACCUACGAGACCCAUGACAAUUGAUUGUAUAAUGGUGACUUGACUGAUAAAUAUUUUUGCCAGACUUGUGUAUACAAUUUACAAGGGCCAACAUUUUAGAGGACUCUUUCCUUAGAUUCAUUUCUGGCCUAUUAUCUGAUUGAAUGGAAAAACGAUGUCAUGUAGUUUACCUGGUGCCUUCAUUUUUUUAGCAGCAGUUUUAGAUGAAUCAUAAUCUGUUUGUAUAAUUCAUAUUUAUUAUAAAUGUAGUAAUGUGUAUUCAAAGUAAAAACGUAAGUUAUUUAGCCAUACCAAAUCAAUCUCCUGUAAAAUGUAACACUUUUUUUGUACACAAGUGAUUUUCUAUUCUUUAACAACUUAUUUGCACCAGCAGCUCCAAAUGCAUUAUUUACUGUAUGUGCUGUAGUUACUGCAUCAAUGUACCAAAUAGGGCUUGCGAAUGUCUUCUGAAACUCAAUACUCAGGUAGCUUGAAUAUUAAUCCCACUAAAUAUUUAGGGCAGUUUCUCAGGCAAAUCUUUUGCUAAUACUGUCUGGGAGUGGCGUGAGUGGGGAGGGGAAAACUGACA